CCCCGCCCCCAGGAGGGCCUGAGCCCGACCCCGGGGGAGGCAGGGCCGGGCUGCCUCAGUAGACCUCAGCCACUGGUCGUGUGGAGAUGUUGACGCUCUCGCUCCUCUUGUGACCUUGUGAUCAAUCAUGCGCCGAGCAAUAUUUUUAGGAUGUCUUGGGGGAUUAGGGGUGGUUCUACUGAUCUUUGGUUGCCUCGUUGCAGGACUCUUUGAUACAGUUGUAGAGCACGUAGUGCAUCAGGAACUUGUCUUGGAAAAUGGGACAAACGUAUACCAAAAAUGGAAGCUUCCUCCAGUUGUACCUUACCUUUUUAUCUACUUUUUCAAUGUCACAAACAAGGAAGAGUUUCUUGAAGGAUCAAAACCAGUAUUACAAGAAGUUGGGCCCUAUUGCUACAGAGAGCGCUGGGAGAAGGUGAAUAUUAAAUUUCACGACAAUGGCACGGUAUCGUACGAGACGCAAAAGCAUUAUUUCUUUGAAAGAAAUAUUUCGGUUGGAUCUGAAGAUGACAUAAUCACUACACUAAAUGUCCCAAUGUUGAGUGCAGUAUCUCAAUGGAGAUUUGCCCAGAGGUUGGCUAAAUUGGCCCUCUCGUCGAUGCUGGAAGUAUUGAAUGAAAAACCUUUUGUCUCCAAGUCUGUCCGUGACUUGAUGUGGGGCUACGAUGAUCCACUCCUGAGAAUAGCAAAGGAUAUUAUUCCACCAGACCAACGAAUGCCUUAUGACAAGUUUGGGUUCUUCAUUGAGAAAAAUGGAUCCACUGAUGGUCUGUUCAAUGUUUUCACUGGAGUAAAUGAUAUGACAAAGUAUACCACUAUUGAUACCUUCAACUAUAAACGAGAGCUUUCCUACUGGAAAACCGAUGAAUGUAAUGAUAUUAAAGGAACUGAUGGGUCUUCUUUUCCACCGGGAGUAAAGAGAGAUACUACACUUUACAUGUUUAAUGAAAAUCUGUGCCGCUCCAUUCCUCUCACCGUAUUGAAAGAGGUUGAGGAAGAUGGCAUAAAAGGAUUGAGGUUUUCCCCUCCAGCCGAUGUGUUUGGUAAUAUUACUGUUAAACCUGAAAAUGAAUGUUAUUGUGUAGGGGGACCACCUUGCAUAGGUGGAGGAGUCUUCAACAUCAGCACUUGCAAAUAUGGUUCGCCUACAAUAAUAUCCUGGCCACAUUUCUAUCAGGGAGAUCCAAAAUUCGCUGAUGCAGUUCAAGGUCUAAAACCAGAUGCCGCAAAGCAUGCACUUUACAUCGAUGUAUCCCCGCGUACGGGGUCCCCUCUUAGAGCACAGGCUCGUUUACAAAUAAACAUUGCUGUUCCGUACGUCCCCGAAGUAAAACCAGCUGCUAGACUAAGGGAAAUAAUUUUUCCUGUAUUGUGGUUUGAAGAUGGCGUGUUGGAACUACCAAAGGAUGUUGUAGAGUUGCUUCAGAUGGCUGAAAAUUCUCCAGAUGCGGUAAAAUCCAGUUUAUUAUUGGCAUUCUUCGUCAUUGGAGGAGUCAUUGCUGUAGCUGUGGGAAUUUCCUUGAUGGCAACGUACUUUAAGCUAUUUAUACCCUUCUUGAACCCUGGUGAAGACAGUGAAGGCAAAGUGACUGACAAACCCACAUUUACCACCAAACCCGAGUUGGGCCACACUAAUACACUAGUGACAGAGUACCCAGAAAGUGAUCCUGCCUGAUAUCAGUGGACAGCCCCAUACAUGAAAAGACAGCUUGCGAGAGAGAAUCCUUACACAGAAAAUUAUCGAAAUCAUUAUUAUAUGCAUGCACUCCAUAGACAGCAGCCUCCCGUGGUAAGUUCAAUCAAUGGCUCUGGGGUUUCUUAUCUGAAUCCUUGCCAGCCACCUUACCCCAGGUUCUGUACAUAUCCAUAUCCAUCCAAUUAUUAUUAUUCCCCAUCUUAUCCAACAUAUUCAAGAAGGAUGCAGACUGCACAACCUGACUUUAUUUCAUCAGGCACUGCAAAAUAUGAUUGUAGAAGAAAUCGAAUUUUAUUGUAAUGAACGUGUAUUGUUCCUUUAGAACUUUACCGAAUGGUAUAUUUUAUGUAAUGGAAGUGAUAGCUGUUUUAAUUUACCUUGGGUUUGUUUUCGUGUGUGUGACUGUCCACGUCGUUAAUUAGUUUGCCAGCACUGCUUGAAUGCAGUAUUUAAACUUUUUAAUUUGGUUUUAACUGAGCAGCAUAUCUUGCUGAAAUAAUUAGAUGAAACAUUUAAAGAAAAUUUUAAUACUCUACUGUAUUAGAAAAAUAGCAACUACAUUUGACUGUUUAUUCUCCAAAGUUUUAAUAGUUGGAAGAUAAAUGUAUUUUUUAUGUAAACCUAUUUAAUGGUAUAUUCACGUUUUGAAUCUGUGUACUAUGUACAUAGACAUGGUCAUAGUCUAAGGAAAACUGUUAAAUUUGCUCUGUACUGUACCUGUUUAAUCGGUAACAUUGUCUAAUUAUAAUAUAUAUUAUAUAUAUACAUAGAGAAUUAUUUUGCAGUAAACUGUAAUAAGCAGUAGAGUAUAAGUGGCUUGAUUUUCUGAUAAAGAAUAUAAGUAUAUUUUGAAUUUUUAUAGGAUGUAGAUAUUUUUAUACUGCAAUUAAAGUGAUUUUUAUUGUU